AUUUGCUCUUUUAAAACUCAUUUCCCAAAUGGACAUCAUGAGCGUCGUGUGCACCCCUCAAUCCCAGUACCCUCUGAUCGCGCUUCCCCAAGUCUAUCACCUGUUUGCCCUGGAAUAUGGGACUCAUGCUGUCGCCCCCCUGCCUUUGAUAAAUCUCGGACUUAACCCUUUCACUCCUGCUCCGCUGCAGGAAAAGAAAACUUGUGGAUUGCGGGAUUUUAGCAUCAGGUCCAUACUAUCCCAGGAUUUCUGUAGAGAUGGCCAGGGAGCGAGAAUGGAAAGUGGAUACCAGGCUUCCCUGCACAAUCCCUGGAGAAGACAGAAGGCAUCUCCACAGGAGGAUCCCAGGGGAGACAAUAAGUAUUCCUGGAUCCACUGCACCCGAUUCCAGCCUCCAAGAAUACCAAAGCCUAAGCGUGCUGUGGGGUCCCGCAGAGCAUCCCGGAGCCCCCGUGUCCCGUUCACCCCCCCUCAGCUCACCCUGCUGGAGAGAAGCUUCACUCGAACCCGUUACCUGAGCUCCUGCCAAGUCCGGGACGUUUCCUGUGCGCUCGGCCUGACCGAAAACAGGGUGAAGAUCUGGUUUCAGAACCGACGAGCGAGAGAGAGGAGGGACUUCCAGCGGAAGCAAGGAAGCGAGGCACCAGCCUCAGCCAAUGAGAGGUCAACCCCUGUGGGGCAGGAGGAGCAGCAGCUAAUGGGAGGUCGCCCUCUGGGGACCAAGAGCAGCUCAGAGACCGGGUCAUGUUCACAGUAGAGGCCCAGAGGUGAAGCCUUGAGGAACCAUGGAGAAACUGUGAACACAUGUGAGAGUGACUGUAUAUACUGUGGCACAGUACUGCGGGGAAGCAAUUUGUAUGAUCGCCCUAAAACUUAUUGAGAACCGCAUGUCCAAUUGCAAUGAAGCUAGCACAAGUUAGAUAAUAAAUACUGAUGCCUCUGAUUUUGAAUUUACAGGCGUGCUAGUUAAAGUGUAAAAAAAAAAUGCAGUGCAAAAUAUUUUUUACUAGUAAUGCAUUUUUUUUAUUGAAAUUACU